AUGACAACAUAUAAUCUUUUCGAAAGACCCGAAUUACUUGACAAUCAAACUCGUUUAAUUUUAUCCGCUGAUGCUAAACCAAAACGAUUAAUUCGUAGCGCAACACGUUCAGCUGCACAUACGAGUUCACAUGAACGUCCAGAUUCAGCUAUAAGUGCAGGUAUUAUUCAAGAAGCCGAUGAUGAUUUGUUAGAUGAAAAUGCUGAAAUAAAUAAUGAAAAUUAUUCAAUAAGAAAAAUUUCAACUUUAUCCGAUGAAGUUGAUUAUGAUACAGAUAUUGAACAAGAACAAGAACCACAUCGUGAUUAUUCAUGUAAAGGUGUUUAUAUAGAUCAAUGUCGUCGUCAUGGUGUUAUACCAUCAACUCAUUUUUUACGUCAUAUUGAUAAUGAAUCAUUAACAAUACGUUAUUGUGGUUUAAAACCAAUUAAUGUUAAAGUUAUGGUACCAUCAUUAAGAAUUAAUUCAACAAUUACGAAACUUGAUCUACGAGAUAAUAGUAUAGGAUCACGAGGUGCUAUAUAUAUAGCAUAUUUAAUUAAAGAAAAUGAAUAUAUUGAUGAAUUAAAUCUUGCAAAUAAUGAUAUUGGUCUACAAGGUUGUAAAGCUCUUUGUCGAGUACUUUGUUCAAAUCGUUCAAUUCGUAUAAUCAAUCUUGAUGGUAAUCGUUUUAAUGAUGAUUGUGCACCAUUAUUUGCUGAAGUUUUUUCUCAAAAUGAAUUUUUAACUUAUAUAAAUUUAAAUAAAAAUUUCUUUGAAAAUGAAACAACAGGUCGUCUUUUUGGUAAAACAUUAAGCGAAAAUCAAACAUUAGAAGAAGUUCAUCUUGGAUGGAAUCGUCUUAGUUCAAAAGCAUGUAGUUAUAUAAUAAAACCAUUGGCUGCAAAUGCACGUAUAAGAAUACUUGAUUUAUCUUGGAAUGGUGCUGGACUAUUAGCAGCUAAAGCCAUCAAUGAUUUAUUAAGAAAAAAUAUAAUUUUAGAAAAACUUUAUCUAGAUAAUAAUCAAUUUAAUACGGAAUGUGCUACAUAUAUUGGUAAAGGUUUAUCAAAAAAUGAAUCAUUAAAAAUUUUAACAUUAAGUGGAAAUCCAUUAGAAUCAAGUGGUUGCUAUGCUGUAUUACGUCCAUUAGUUAAACAUCCAACAUGUCAACUUCAAACAGUUGAUUUACGUGGAAUAAUUGUAAACAAAGAUUUUCUUGAAUUAGUAAAUGAACUUGGCAAUGUUUUUACAAAACUGACUAUAAAAUUAGGUAGUGAACGAGAAAAAGAAAAUUGA